AUGACACGAGAACAAUACAUACUAGCAACACAACAGAAUAACCUGCCGAGGGCUGAGAAUGCACAACUGUACCCGGUGGGCAUUUAUGGAUGGCGAAAGAGGUGCUUAUACUUCUUUGUCCUUCUGCUGUUGGUUACCAUGAUAGUUAACUUAGCCAUGACAAUAUGGAUAUUGAAAGUUAUGAAUUUCACUGUGGAUGGUAUGGGAAAUCUGAGAGUCACCAAGAAGGGAAUCCGACUUGAAGGUAUAUCUGAGUUUCUACUUCCAUUGUAUGUGAAAGAAAUUCAUUCCAGAAAGGAUAGUCCACUGGUCUUACAAUCUGACAGGAAUGUAACAGUGAAUGCAAGAAAUCACAUGGGGCAGUUAACUGGACAGCUGACAGUAGGAGCUGAUGCUGUGGAAGCUCAGUGUAAAAGAUUUGAAGUGAGAGCGAGUGAAGAUGGCAGGGUGCUGUUUUCUGCAGAUGAAGAUGAGAUUACCAUUGGGGCUGAAAAGCUGAAAGUUACAGGCACCGAAGGAGCAGUGUUCGGGCACUCUGUCGAAACACCUCACAUCAGAGCAGAACCUUCCCAAGACCUCAGGCUUGAAUCACCAACCAGAUCCUUGAUCAUGGAAGCUCCUCGAGGGGUCCAAGUGAGUGCUGCUGCAGGAGACUUCAAGGCCAUUUGCAGGAAGGAGCUCCAUUUGCAGUCUACAGAAGGGGAGAUAUUUUUGAAUGCAGAUACAAUCCGGCUGGGAAAUCUACCGACCGCCUCCUUUUCAUCUUAUUCAUCAAGCUCCUCAAAUUCUCGACAGACAGUCUAUGAACUGUGUGUCUGUCCCAAUGGCAAACUGUACCUUUCUCCAGCAGGAGUAGGUUCCACUUGUCAGUCCAGUAGCAACAUCUGCUUAUGGAACUGA